AUGGUGACAUAUCUAGCAAAGUUUGUGCCUGAUCUGUCUACGGAGACAGCACCGCUCAGAUCACUCCUACAUCACAAAACACAGUGGGAAUGGCAGCACGAACAUGAGAAAGCCUGGACGCGAUUCAAAGACUUGCUAUCUAGUGAACCAGUGCUGAAGUUUUAUGACCCAAAGAGACAGAUCAAGAUGUCAACAGAUGCUUCACAGUCAGGUUUAGGGGCUUAUAUUUAUGGACAGAGUAUCAUCGCAGAGACCGACCAUAAACCGCUUGUGUUUAUCUUCGCAAAAUCACUUGCUGAUUGUCCGCCGAGAAUCCAGCGACUGAAAUUGCGACUACAGAAGUAUGACCUGAAAAUCACGUACACACCAGGGAAACACAUGUACGCAGCAGAUACAUUGUCACGGGCAUACAUGAAGGACACAGGAAACAGUGACAUUGACAUUGAGGUGCAAGCGUACAUUGAUGGAGUCAAAUCAACAACCAGUGUGUCGGAGUCACGCAUGAAAGAAAUCCAGGAUGAAAUGCAGAAAGAUGCAGAUCUACAGCUGCUGAUGGUCACUAUAUUGAGUGGAUGGCCAAACGACAGAGUGACUUGUCCAAGUCAAAUUCUGGAAUACUGGAACUAUAGAGAUGAACUGUCGGUGAUUGACGGGAUUAUUUUCAAAGGGAGUCGAAUUUUAAUUCCCAAAAAACUCAGAAGUGAAAUGCUGAAAAAGAUUCAUGUUGGACACCUCGGGAUCGAGAAGUGUCGAAAACGUGCACGCGAAGUCCUAUUUUGGCCAAUGAUGAACUCCGACAUCGCCAAUGUGGUCAAAGAUUGUGAACAUUAUCUCACACAUCGAAGCCGUCAACAAGUAGAGCCAUUAGAUCCUCAUCCGAUUGUAAGUCGACCAUGGGAGAAAGUGGCAACCGACUUGUUUUCAUACAGUGGUCGAGACUAUCUGCUAGUAGUUGACGCGUAUUCGAAUUAUCCAGAAGUCGCUGUGUUGUCAAACGCAACUAGCAGAUCUGUGAUUAACUCACUGAAGUCUACAUUUGCCAGACAUGGCGUACCAGAGGACGUGUUCGGAGACAACGGACCAUGUUAUGACAGCGCUGAAUUCAAACAGUUUUCGGAAGACUGGGGUUUCAGACAUACUACCUCAAGUCCAAGAUACCCCAACUCCAACGGACUAGCCGAACGCACUGUACAGACAGUGAAGAACAUUAUUCGUAAAUCCAAGGAAAGCGGCGAAGAUCCUCAGUUAGGACUACUUGCUUAUCGAAGUACACCGAUGGAGAAUGGCUAUUCUCCAGCACAGAUGUUGAUGGGUAGAAGAAUUCGCACAAACCUGCCCAUUCGUACAAACCUACUGGAAACAAACACCAGCCAGAGAGUCGUCAAGAAGAAAGUGUUGUCGCAAAAGAAACAGAAACACUAUCAUGACCGUGGAACUAAGCAGCUUCCUGCUCUUGAACCCAGUUCCCGUGUUAGAGUGUUGAGCGACGAUGGAAAAAUCUGGCGCGAAAAAGGGCUUCCGUCGAGUUGGUUGUACCUGUUGGUGCACUCACGGUUGUUGAAGUGGAAAGCAUGUCAGCAUUUGGUGUUGCUGAAACUGCUGGCACCUUAA